GCACACAACUCCCCCCCAUCAUCAAGAGAAGACAGCCUGGCCCACACACAGGACAAGAUACCCAGUGCAGCGAGGAGGGCGCGGAGAGCAGCAAGAGCAGCGAGGACGACUAUAGCAGCGAGGACGCUGAGAGCAGCGAGGACAGUUAGGUGCCGGACUUCAUCCUCGCGGUCGAAGAAUGGAGCGUCAUCGGUAACGCACGAAACAACAUGGUACGGCAACGAUUCAAGGACGAAGCGAAGCACAAGCGGGAAGUCCAAACGUGCCCACUGCAAGCAAAUAAACUCUUCAAGCCCCAAGAAGGGAUCGACCUUCUCGACGCAGCGACCCCGCAGAAAGAAAGAGAAUCUUGGAGAUGUUGCAGAAGCAGCGGAACGAGAGCUGAGGUUCACCGCCGCCUACCGAAAGGAAUUGAAGGAAGGGUUAAGCACGCAGCCGAAGCCACCUAGCUCGAGCGAUGAGAAGCAAGACGAGGACACAGCGCCGGAAAUGCUUAAAGAGGCUGGAGGCUGAGGUGCUCGGGUGAAGGGCGAAGCUGAGCGAGCGUUCCACGCCUUCGCAGGCCAAGUACAUGGACCUUGCCCGGAAGGUGGAGGAAAUGGAGCGACGCGAGGCCGAGCUCGAGCGUGUGCUGUCGGAGAGCCGGCAGCAGCCCAAGCUGGAGCUGUCGAGGCUGCAGACCAUCCACGCCGACGAGAUUCGCGCCAAGGACGCCCUCGUUCACGGCUUUAGGAUCGACGUCGUCAGCCUGCCGCGGGCCGCCGGCAGCCUCAUGAGCGGCGCGGCGGAGGCGGGCGGAGAAGGGGAGGGUGGAGGGGGACGGGGGGCACCGCCGCUGCCCCACCGGUUUGGGGGCUCAUGCCUUGAUGACCUCCAUCUCUUUCGAGCUUUUUUUCUGUCUCUUUUUCGAGUCAGGGUGUGUGGUGUAUAUAGCUGUGUCUGUUUAGCAGAGUCCUCCGAUAAGUUUAGGCGUUCAUGCAGUGGUUGGCGGCGAAUUGCGCUUUGCUGUUUAUUGUGUGAGUAGUUUACAGGAGAGAGAACGCGUCCGUGUGAGUGUAUUUAGUGGCGUCCAGUCGAUAAGCUGAAGGGACAAGGCUGAAAGCCCGUUUUUCUGUUGGCUAGCCCUGCGGAGCAUUGCACGUGGUGAUGGUCAUCUAUGCAUGUUGAGGGCACCACACAGCAUCAAUAUAUUGUAGUUUGUGUUGCAGGCAAGACAGUGGAGAUGGUGUUCAACUUUAUCCCCGUUUUCGCGCGUGCUUUCCAAGCUAGUGUUCAUGUUUCCCUUUUUUCCCGCGUGCUCUCCAAGAGAGUGUCAAUGUUUUAAGGAGCGUUUAAGGCUGCCUUUUUUUGCCGGGGGCGGUUGAAGCCACCGUAUUUAUGCGAGCGGCCAUGGCAUCCCGGCCCAAUAGAAAAAUAUUCACGGAGCCUCUUGAGGGAGCGAGAGGGGGAGAGACGAGAGUUUCGAAGGCGAACAACGUUAUCUACCACAGUGUAGUUUCAGAUGAUAUGAGAGAGCAAUUAACAUCAGAAGGUUUUCAGACGUCCGCCGUCUCACAAAAGAAGGCAAUCCUUUAUCCACCUUCCAUUCUACACAUAUCUGCGAGUAUCAACGUGCUGAACGUUCUUCAUCAUACUCCCAUGUAUCAACGGCCGGCGUCUUCGUUGCAGUUCAUGUUGGACGAGAAACGCUGGUUAAUAAGAUCAUGAUACAUGAUAGAUGCUUCCCGACAGAACGAUUUCAGUACAUGUAGCUCCCGACGUGAAGUAUAUACAGCAGCCAACUCCCUCGCUAUAAAGCAACAGAGACAAAGAAAACUCUAUCCAGAUCUAGAUAGCUCGAGACAAUCUCGAAAAAAAGGGGGGGGCUGUAUGUGUGCACACACCCGCAGUAAUCAUCCACGAAACCCCCACGUUGCCCGGCGCCACCGUCACAGUUGAGUUUGCCGGUGGCUUUGCUACGCUCUCGUAGUUUCUGGCUUGCCUCUAACCAGGCAUCUCAGAUCUCAGGCACUCAGGCACCCAGCACCGCCUCAGGCAACCUCAAUUGGCUCUCAUUUGAUUUUGGCCGGUGGCGUACCUCGAGCUCAAUCAACAGCAUGGCGCAAGUAGGAGAAGGACGUCAGGUCCCCACGAACGGUUGAAGCAUGCUUUUUGGGUCGAGGGCGUGAAAGGCGCGGCAAGCAAAGCGGAGGAAAUCAAUCGAUCGCAGGAGUCAUACUGGAGCUUCGUUCGUCGUCUGCCGCCACUGCCUGAUUUUGUUUUCGCGUUCAAGCGUUUCAAACGGCCGCGAGAUUCACCACGAAAAGUAGAGACGUUGCAAUCAGCAGGGUGUCCUACGAACGAGCAGUGGUGGGGAAGUUUGGAGUUGUAGGGGAGUGUACUGAAGUGUUGGGCAACAACUUACGAAUUGCCGUCUAAAAAAAAGUAACCAAAUAGUAACCCCGUUGGGUACAGAGUAUCAGAUUUUGGGACGUGUCGACCCACCCUUGUGUAGCUAGCUGUCUGGUGACGGGAGUAGAGUAAGGGUUGCUAGGUGAUGGCUCGAGCGUGCUAGUGAUUAAUAAAGGUAUCCUGUAAUUUCGGGGAAGUGCAUGAGG